CUCCUCUCCGUCAGACCGCCGCCGAGCCGCCAUCAUGGACACGAGCCGUGUGCAGCCCAUUAAGUUGGCCAGGGUUACCAAAGUGUUGGGCAGGACCGGGUCCCAGGGUCAGUGCACGCAGGUUCGCGUGGAAUUUAUGGACGACACGAGCCGUUCUAUCAUCCGUAACGUGAAAGGCCCCGUGCGCGAGGGCGACGUGCUCACCCUGUUGGAGUCGGAGCGAGAGGCCCGGAGGUUGCGCUGAAACUUGCUCCUGGGUCCUAGAUACCGACCGCUUGGCCCACGGGAUGACCUGCAACUCUUAAAUAAAGCGUUUGUAUUGUAUGUAAA